AUGGCGGGCAGGCCAUUAGCUCCAGCUAAUGGUCUUCCCCCUCUUCUCAGUCCGAGAGGGAGGGAAGGUGGGGGGAGUGUGAGUGGUUCGGGUGAGGCUGGUGAUGGAGCGGCUGCCCUUGGUGGUUUGGGGGGUGGUGAGUGGCCUGUUCUUGGUGGUUCUAUAGGUGGUGCUGAUGUUUUGGGCUUGGAUGUUUCGGUGGUGCAAGGUGAUGGCAAUGGUGGUAGGCUGCUGCAUGUUGGAGGUCCUUCGGCUGUGGGGGAAAAUACUCUUGUUUUGGAUGAUCCGUUGGAGGAGGGUGCUGGUUCUGGAGUUCUUUUACAGCAGCAGGAAGGUUCUUCAAGUGGUGCAUAUGAGAAGACAAGGAAGAAUGUUGAGAUUGAUGGUGCUUUGGCUGCGAAAUGCCCGGAUUCGAUGAUUAAGAAAGGUCUUGAGAAGUGGAAGAACACCCUUAUGGGGCACUUUAUUGGGGGCAGGCCUAGCUUUAUUUUUGCCCGGGAUAUGUUGUUGAAACAAUGGAAGAUUGCAGGCCAUGUUGAGGUUAAUUUAUUAGACAGUGGAAUUUUCGUUUUUCAUUUUAACCUUGAAGAUGACAAGACUAAAGUUCUCGAAGGGGGGCCAUGGUAUGUUCAACGAAGACUAAUGAUUCUGCGCCCUUGGAGUCCAGAUGCUUGCUUGGAUAGGGUUGAUUUAUGUUCUGUCCCGGUUUUGAUUUCUCUUCCCAACCUUCCGUUUCAUUUCUGGUCUUCUGAGGCUCUUAGUUCGAUUGGGAGUGUCAUUGGAAAGCCUAUUAUGACUGACAAAAUGACUAGAUCCAUGGAGAGGCUGUCCUAUGCUCACUUGUGUGUGAAAGUUGCUGCGGACAAAGAUCUUCCCUCUUCCAUUCCAGUUUAUAGAGAUGAUGGCGUUGCUUUCAAUCAACGUGUGGCUUAUGAUUGGAAACCUCCCCGUUGUAAGCAUUGCAGGGUUUUUGGGCAUCUUAUUGAUUCUUGUAAGUUUGUUAGCUGCAUUCCAAACCAGAAACAUUCGAAAACUAAGCAGGAAUGGCGGGUGAAGGAUGAUGCCGGAAAAGAAGGUGGUGGUGAUUUUGCCAGAACAGAGGCUGGACAGCCAGCCAGGCAGGCUGGAAUUGGAAUUUCAGAUUCGAAUUUGGUUUCCUUAAUUGCUCACAAUAAUAAAGGGAAGGGGGUUACCCAAUCUUUGGGCAAUGAUAACAGUUUUGGCAAGAUUAUUUCGAGAAAAUCUGAGUCAAUUGGUGGACAGAAUAUUAUCAAAGAAGUUUCCCAAUCCAACGCUUUUGCCUUGUUGGAAAAUCUGACGGAGGAGGUACAUUAUGAUCCGACUGAGAUGACGUUGGAUCCGGAUUCCUAUGCCAUCCUGUUAGGCAAUGAUUAUGGCCAAGAGGUAGAAGAUCCUUCCCCCCAGCCAUUAGCUAUCAUUCCUAAUUUGGGAAUGGAGGGAGAUAAUGGAGCGGAUUUGGCUAGAUAUGAGAAUAUUCAGAUCCCUAGUGCGUCUUUUUUAGAUAAUGGAGAAAGUGAUGGGGGUAUAGAUGAGCUGGCCGUGGCUAAUCCUUUGGAAUUGAAGAAUCCUAAUCUGUCUCCAUUGGGGAAGGAAUUUGGUGAACCGGCUACGAGAAAGGAAGACCCAGUUUUGGAAAGAAAUGAAAGUGGAGAAGAGCUACGGUCUUUGAAAGGAAAAGGGGCAAGCCUGACUCCUACUAAACCCUCAGUCAAUUUUGAAAGAUUAAAAAAGCAAGCUGCGGAGAUUCGGACAGGCCAAGGGCAGUCUGGGAAAGGAAGGUUUUUGGAGGAUGUGGGGACUUUUGCUAGUGCUAUUGUUUACCCUUGGGCUGUUUUGGGGGAUUUUAAUGUUAUCCGGAAUCAAAAUGAGAAAAUAGGUGGAGACCCUAUUCGGUUGGAGGCUAAGGAUGACUUGAACAAUUUUAUUGAUGACUCUGAGCUGAUUGACCUGAAGUGGAAAGGGGAAGCUAUGACCUGGAAUAAUAGACAAAGUGGUGUUACUCGAAUCUGCUGUAAGCUAGAUAGGGUGAUGGUGAAUCUGGCUUGGAUGGAUGUGUUCAGAUCUUCAGAAGCUACCUUCCACCCUCCUGGUCUCUCUAACCGUUCUCCAGUGGUGGUGGCUGUGUUAGAUGAGACUAACUUUGGCCCUAAACCUUUCAGGUUUUUUGAAGCUUGGAUUGGUAGAGAAGGGUUUGAUGAUUUGGUGCGGAAGGGCUGGGAGCAGCCUGUUAGCAUGUCCCUCAAUCCUAUUCUUCGGUUUGCUGCCCGGUUAAGGAAUGUUAAGAAGGAGUUGAGGAAGUGGAACAAAGAGUGCAUUGGAGAUGUUUUUCUUGCGGUAAAGGCUGCGGAGACUGAGCUGUACCAGACCCAAUGCAAUCUUGGUGAGCACCCUGAUGACCUGAAUUUGGUUCUUUUGGAGACACAAGCAAAGGUGAAGUUAUGGGAAGCCUUGCCUACUGAGGAAAAGUUUUUAAAGGAGAAGUCUAGGGUGAAGUAUAUUCAGCUGGGGGAUGGUAAUAAUAGUUUCUUCCACAAAUCUAUGAUUUGUAGGCAGCAUAGGAAACAUAUUCUGGAGAUUCAAGGGGAAGGAGGAAACAUUGUCAAGGACCCUAGCCAAAUCAAAGGAGAAGCUGUCUCUUUCUACAAGAAAUUGUUUGGGGCUGAUUCAGUUGAUAAUGGUUUUAUGCCCAGUUCGGUUCCCUUGCAGCAUGGUCUGUCUCUUGCUCAAUAG